AUGAAGUCGACCGCCCUUCUCGUCGUUCUGGCCUCUCUGGCCGCCGCCCAGCCGCACGGUCAUCAUCACCGUCGCGGCCAGCACGGUCACGGCCAUCUUCACAACAAGCGCGCCAUCGUUACCCACUGGGUUACCACUACCGUCUACGAGACGGUGACUGCUAUCGUUGACGAUAGUACCACCGAGAUCAUCAUGCCCAGCUCAACAGCUGUGUCGACCACCUCGACUUCUUCAGUCGUCGCGACCGAUACCCCCAGCCCCAGCCCCGGCCGUUUCGCUGAACAGUUGUCGAGCAAGUCCCGCGAGGUCCCGCCUGCUCCUAGCUCCACUGAAGUCCUUCCCCCUCCUCCUCCAGCGCCUGAGCCGACGACUAUUGUUGCUCCGCCCCCCGUUGUUGAGACCCCUGAGGUUCCGACUCCUGCGCCUGCCCCGACUACCACCGUCGUUGUCGUUCCCACUCCCGAGCCCCAGACUCCUCCACCUCAGUCCAACGAUGGCGGCAACACCGGCGGCGGGUCUGACUCGAGCUCCGGCGGCAGCGGUGCCGUCUCUGGCGAUCUGACCUACUUCCAGGUUGGCCUUGGCUCCUGCGGCUGGGACGACACGGGCAAGGACCACACUGACAACAUCGUUGCGAUUUCGGCCGAGCUCAUGGGCUCUCAAUCCAACGGCAAUCCGUACUGCGGCAAGACUAUCAGUGUGCGCGCCAACGGCAAGACCAUUACGGCUCAGGUUCGCGACAAGUGCCCGAGCUGCGCGCGCUACGAUCUGGAUGGCACUGAGAAGAUGUUUAUUGAACUCUUCGGGUCGCUGACUGAUGGCCGCAGGGUAGUUGAGUGGUGGUUCAACUAA